UCCUCCGAUGGCCACGAGUUCAUCGUGAAGAGAGAGCACGCCUUGACCUCUGGCACCAUCAAAGCCAUGCUGAGCGGCCCAGGUCAGUUUGCUGAAAACGAAACCAAUGAAGUCAAUUUCAGGGAGAUCCCAUCUCAUGUUCUUUCCAAAGUGUGUAUGUACUUUACCUAUAAAGUCCGUUACACCAACAGCUCAACAGAAAUCCCAGAGUUUCCCAUUGCACCAGAGAUAGCACUGGAGCUCCUGAUGGCUGCAAACUUCUUAGAUUGUUGAAUAAAUUAUAUCAGAACUAAGGUUUCGGUUUGUUUUUUAGUAUUUAACUUUGUUUGCCAUAGUAUUUCAAAUACGGUGGAAAGCAUAAUGUAUGGAUGUCUGCUGUGUAAAAUCUGAAUUUGCUUGGGUUUGUUUGCCAUUAUAUUGGUUUUUUUUCUUUGCCACAAAAUAUUUCCACUUUUUUUUUUGUUGUUGUAUCAGACACUUUAUUAUAAUAAAAUGACUUGGCUGUAUCUGACUGUGGAGAUCUGCGGUAUGUGUAUCGAGACUUCUAAACCAUACUCCAGCCCUGGUUUGAUUUCACAUAUUCCUAAUAUUUGAGAAUAUCUCAACGUUAUUAAUCAAAUAAGCAACCAAUCGAUUUAGUUAAGAAAGCUGCAUGGUCUUAGGGGGCCAUGAAGUACUAGGAUUUUGAUUUCCAAAUUACUCAAUUGCUUAAUGUAACAAAUUACCUUCUUUAUUGAUCUAAAAUAUUUUCCAAGCCUUUAUAAAUGAGUGAUUUUGUGGUUACCUCUAAAGGUUGCUGGACUGGGGCUCUGCAUUACCAGGGUUGGGUGUACUUGCUUUGUGUAAUCAUGGAUGAAGCAAAUCCAGUAACACUGAGCUGUUACUGAAAAUUGAUCAUAGAUCUUAUCAUUCCUUUCCCAGGUUAGGAAAAACAUGCUGAUCCAUCAAAAGUCAAUUUCAAAAAUUGUGGGAGUGAUACCUUUUGAAUCGUUUCUUUGCUCACAUACACAUUUUCUGUUGUGUGGAAAGUCUUAUUUAAUCUACAUCUAAUAUGCAUCUAGGUUUCUUUUUUGUCUUGAAUUAAUUGGUGUUCAAUGGAUAAUUAUGGAAUUAGGAAAUGUAUUUUUAUUGUUGUAGUUCAAUGUGUUAACAUUGUUUUUUUUAUAAAACAAUAAAAUUCAUAAUAAUGUUUGAGUUUAGACAAAGCAAAAUUAUUUUGAAGUGUUUUAAGAAAAGUUACAAACAAAAUGUAGCCAUUCGGCCCCUCUAACCCAUUUUAGUAGACAGGAGAAAAUUAAUCCAAGAUCUCAUUACAUCAUUUCUUGAAAGAAGCCAAUUAACGAUCAUGACCUGUAUUAUCAUAAAUAAUUAAUAUUUGAUUGGGGUCCAGUGACAUUCUAAGAUUCAAGUGUUUGAAUCUAAUGCGUUUCUGAGUUCACUGAUCAUGAAUAAAGCACAGGCUUGAAUAUGAUGAAACAGCUAAUUUUAUAUAAAAAUAUACUUAUGAGGAAACAAAACCAAAACCAGGAAAUGACUAAUUUUAAGAAAAGAGACACUUCUUUACACAGCAGAUCAUUGUAGUCUGUAACUGAAUCUUUACAUUGUUGGAGCACUUUUAACAUUGGAAAGAAAGCUUUUCUGCGAUUUGAUCAUUAAGCUACUAGCUACAGGACGAGCAAGAUGGGUCUGCUUCCUCUUGUUUGCAACCUUUCUUAUGGGUAAUAAAGUUUUUUACAAGAGUAAACAUUAACUAUUUUACGUAACCUAUUUGGCCUAACAGUUUGCUUUACUGCAAUACUAUGCAGAAUUAUUUCCUAGGAUAUAUUCACUCUGCUACUUGGAACUGUUAUUUGGCUUGGACUGACAGUACUACUCUACACAUAAAAGUUGUUGGUUUUAUAAGAACACACAAAAUGUGUCCAAUCAUGAUUGCAUGCUAAGAAAAUUGCAAUACUAUAAUUGCCUGGGUUUGGUUUCAGGAUUCAAAAGCUCUUGAAAGUGCAUUUUAUUGCUGUAUAAAACAAAAUAAAUAUCUGUAGUGUGGCUGCU